GCCGCCCCCCCACCCCUUCGCUCGCUCGCUCGCUCGCUCGCUCGCUCGCUCGCUCUGCCGGCUAUGGAGGGGAGAGAGGACGCGGAGUGCGACUGCCAGGCGGCGUUCGCCGAAGCUCGGCGAUGGGUAGAGACGGUUACUGGGAAAAGCUUUGGAACCAAAGACUUUCGAGCAGCUCUAGAAAAUGGAGUCCUGUUGUGCGAUUUGAUUAACAAGAUCAAACCUGGCAUCAUUAAGAAGAUCAAUCGUCUGUCAACUCCAAUAGCUGGCUUGGAUAAUAUAAAUGUUUUUCUGAAAGCGUGUGAAAAUAUUGGACUGAAAGAAGCUCAGCUUUUUCACCCAGGAGAUCUUCAGGAUUUGUCCAAUCGAGUUACAGUCAAACCAGAGGAGACCAACAGAAGAGUGAAAAAUGUUCUGAUUACAUUAUACUGGCUUGGGAGAAAAGCUCAAAGUAACCCUCAUUAUAAUGGUCCAUACCUCAGUCUUAAAGCAUUUGAGAAGUUACUAGGGCAAGCAUUGACUAAGGCACUUGAAGAGUCCAGCCACCUGAACAGAAGUGGCAGGGAUAGUGGGUACGGUGAUAUUUGGUACGUUGACCGGGGAGAGCCCUUUUCGUCUUCAGCUAGCCAUAAAAGAGACGAUUCCUUCGAUAGCUUGGACUCUCUUGGUUCAAGAUCCUCCACAAGCUUUUCGUCAGAUAUAACCUUGAAAGGUGGCAGUGAAGGUUGCGACAGUGACACAGACUCAGAACUGCCUUUCAAAAUGCAUGACUCCCAUAAAGAUGACAGGUCCUACCGUAGGAUUUCUGUGAUUGAACCGAAACCUACCACUGACUUCAAUCGCUUCUUACCCAACAAAAACAAGCAGACGGCGUAUGUGCCGGCGCCCUUAAGGAAGAAGAGGACAGAGAAGAAUGAGGACAACAGGAGGAGCUGGGCAAGUCCUGUCUUCACUGAGUCAGAUGGAACGUUUUCAAGUAACCAGAGGAGGCAGAGGCAGUUGGAUACUAAAGAGGAAAACAAACCAAGAGUUAACAUUCCUUCAGAAUUAUCUGGGUAUUUUGAUGAGGACGAGGAAGAAGAAAUAGGCAUCCCAAACAUUGAAAAAGAUGAUCUCUAUUUUCGCAAGCUAAGUUCUUCAGCGGGAAAUACAGUUGUUGCUUUUGACAAAUUUCUUCCUAAGUUUUGGACUCCAGAAGAAGAAUUGCUAUGGAAAAAAAUCAGGAAAUCCUCUUUCAAACCCUGGUAUAAAGAGAUUCAAGGGUUCAGUCAGUUUUCGUUACUUCAGGCCCUGCAAAAAUACUCUGACUACUUGUCUUCUGAAACGAAGACCAAAAUUGAUCCUACUUCUGGCCCUAGGCUCAUAAAAUGUAGAAAGAAUAUUUCGUUUGUACCAGGAGGCAAGCAAGGAGAUGAGGAAAAUGGAUAUCUGUAUCCAGAUUUAGAAAACGAUGACUUGUUUGUUCGGAAAACUGGGGCUUUCCAUGUGAAUCAAGUUGUUCUCCAAGACCCCCGGUAUUUAAAAAAAUUCUCUGAGCAGGAGCCUCCCCUAGAGGGUGAGAUAAUUCUGCAACCCAGAGAGGGCCAACCUGUGAUUCCAGAUUUGGAAAAGGAUGACAUGAUUUUACGUAAAGUCCUCUCUCAGAAAAAAGAGGUGCCUUUAUCGGGCGCUCCAGACAAGUAUCACCCAGCACUCUUUCCUGAUCCGUGGAGUCUUCCAGAGGAGAUCCGGUCCAAAUUUCUGUGUUUGCUUGAAAAAAACACGACACCGGAGGAAAGAAAGAGCAACGGCAGAGUGCUGUCGCCAUCUUCCCGCCAUAAGAAGGACGAUAUGCUGACCCGCAAGAUUGAAUCUUGGAAGGUGGGAAGCAACGUCCAGCCAGUAAAUUUCAUCCCAGGUCCGUGCAGUGAAGACGACUGGAAGAAGUGGGAAGCCAUCAGGGAGGCCAGCAAAGUUAGACACAAGAAACGGCAGAUGGUGGAGAGACUGUUUCAAAAGCUUUCUGAUGAGCAAGGGAGUAAAUCUUUGAAUGAUGUUAGUGCAGAGGAGCUGCAGUCAUUGCGCAAAAUCCGUUACGAAGAGCUACAAAGGAUAAAAGAACAGUUACAAGAACAAGAUCUAAAGUGGCAAGAAGAUCUGGCAAAAUGGAAGAAUCGUAGAAAGAGCUUCACUUCUGAAUUGCAAAAGAAAAAGGAAGAGAGAGAAGAAAUAGAAAGGAGAGCCUCUGAGGUGUCUGAAAGGAGUACCAAGUCACUGAAAGAAAUGCAGCAGGAGAGAGAUCAAGAUUCCUACAGGCAGCGAAAACAUGAACGCAGAUGGACAUAUUCACUGAAUGAUGACGUGUUUAGUGAAGAAAAAGCACCUUCCACACGGUCAGCAGCAAAAGAUUACCUUUUGGAAGAAGAUACCUCCUACAGCGCUAAGGACAGCAAAAGUGUGUAUGCCGCACAACCGCGUAAGGAGAACCUGCUGGAGAGCUCGGCCGCUCGUGAAGCUCCCGCUCCACGAAAGAGCCUGGCAGAGGAGCAGAGCUCGGCUCUUUUGUCUGCCCGCUACUCGGUGAAUGCUCAAACUGGGUCAGCUCAGGUUUCAGCUUCACUCCCGAGAAGUUACCAGAAAACUGAUACCUCUAGGUUAACAUCUGUGGUUACACCAAGACCUUUUGGUGUCCACUCAAGAGGAAUCUCGUCACUUCCACGGUCGUUCACGAUGGAUGAUACCCAGAAAUACAACGGAGAAGUAGAAAAAACUAAAAGAACUCAAACUUUGUUCACUAGCAGUUCGUUUUCACAACCAGACUCUGCACACCCUCUCUCCGCUAGUGCAUUCAGAAGCAGAGGUGAGGAGGAGGAGGAGGAGGAAAAAGAAGGUGUUCAGUCAACACCUCUUCCUAGUUUGGCAUUACCUGUAAAAUCCCAAGACCAAGAUGCUGCAAGCAGUAUUCUUAAACCAGAGUAUUGCUCUCCUCCUGAUUCUCUUUCACUUGCAUCUUCUGCAGAAAAUGUGAGUCUGCCAGAGCCUGAGGAUUCAAAAUCCCUGGAACAGUACAGUGAAAUGAGAAUCAGUAUAAACCAGAGACCUGGCCACAGUCGCAGCUUUGGGUUUACAACAAAUUGGAGUUCUUCAGGGGCCUUUGUACAGGCAGUUGAAGAAGGUAGCCCUGCAGCACUUUGUCAGCUGCAUGUAGAUGAUGAGAUCAUUGCUAUCAACGGCACAAAGGUUUCACGUAUGGACUAUAGUCAAUGGGAAGAAGCCAUCGGCAGAGCACUAGAAACUGGAAACCUGGUCAUGGAUGUCAGACGAUAUGGAAAGAAUGAUUGGGGCAAAGACCAGCCUUCCCUGCCACAUGUAAGGCAUAAAAUCCUCAAUCUCACCAGUAUGGCUACCAACAUUAUAGGUACAUCUGAAAAUAAAUGGAUUGAUGCAACUUCUGGAGAACAAGUUUCAAAUGUUUCCACCAUAUCAACAAAAAGAGAUUUCUCCAGCAGCCUUCGAAGUUCUGACACAGAAACAAAAUUGAUAAAUGGAAUGCAAGGAGAUCUUGGCUCUAAUGAACAAAGAGCAUCUGAACCUAUUUCUUUGAAAAACUUAAAAAGACGGUCACAAUUUUUUGAACAAGGAGGCCCAGAGCCUGCAAUGCCUGAUCUCCCAGUCCCGUCCAUUAGUGCUCCUAGUCGUCGGGUUUGGGAUCAAGAGGAAGAACGAAAACGACAGGAAAAAUGGCAAAAGGAGCAGGACCGUUUAUUGCAGGAGAAAUACAAACGGGAACAAGAAAAACUGAGGGAAGAAUGGCUACGAGCUAAGCAAGAAGCAGAAAAAGAGAGCUCCAAGUAUUUUGAUGAGGAGCAGACUGUUCUAACCUUAAACACAACAUCUGUCCCUGCACGGGCUCCAUCUGUGUCCAGCUGGAGAGCAAGCCCUGAAGCGAAUACUCCUGAGGAGCCAGAAGGAGAUGGAGGAAGCGAGCUGGCGGCACACUUGCUGGGCGAGGAAGAAGAAAGGAGGAGGCUUCAGGAGGAACGGAGGAUCCAGGAAGAAGCAGCCCUGCAUUUUGAGCGAGAAAGGGAACUCCAAGAGCUGGAGCUUGAGAGACAACGUAAAGAGAGGGAACAGCAAUAUGCUGAGGAGCAGAGGCGGCGGGCAGAGAUGGAGGAGCAGAGGUGGCAGGCUGAAAGGCAAAGGGAGGUGUCAGUGGAGAUACCUCAGUACCAAAGACAUUAUGAGCGCUAUGAAGUAUCUAAAACAAUAGAGGAUCGAGCUGGCCGUCCUCUCAUUGACAGGCAUUAUGAGCGUUAUGAAGUUUCUAAAGCCAUUGAGGAGCAACCUGGCCAGUCAUUUGCUGACAGGAAUAAGUCCAAGUCAACUUCAGAACUGAAUGAAUUCAACACAAUCAGAAAUGGUAACAAGUAUUCGGAGAGGUCCUGGAACGCGGGUGAGUCACAGAAGAAGUCUCAGAAGGAGCACAACCUGUCUGCGGCAGAGUUGGAGAGACAGCAAAUCCUUCAGGAAAUGAGAAAGAAAACAUCUCUGCACACGGACAGCAGCUGGAUUAGGCAGCGCAGUUCCAGCAUACAUAAGGAGCCCGUUAGUCUGUACAGCAAUAGUAUGAGGAGAGGGGAGUCUUUGGACAAUCUUGAUUCUUCAAGAGCGAGCUCAUGGAGGCACCAGUCGUGGCUGAACCAGUCUGCCUCCUCUUCAUCUCUAUCCUCUAGUCAAGAUUUCAGUCGGCCGGUGUCCACUUCAAACCGAGCCUACAUGUGCACUCCUUCAUCCAGCAAAGCACCUCCUGCGGCCACCUCUGCAAGAGCCCCCUCCGUGUCCCAGGCAGCCCCCCGGGCUCAGUCUCCCCUCUCUGCUUCCCAGCCAGGGUCCCAGACACGCAGCAGGUCAGUCAGUGGGAAGAAAAUCUGUUCAUACUGUAAUAACGUUCUGGGCAAAGGAGCAGCCAUGAUCAUUGAGUCUCUUGGUCUUUGUUAUCAUUUACAUUGCUUUAAGUGUGUUGCCUGUGGAUGUGACCUUGGGGGAUCCCGCUCUGGAGCUGAAGUUAGGAUCCGAAACAACAAACUGUUCUGCAACGACUGCUAUAUCAGAUUUAAAAGUACAAGUUCAGGAGGAAUUGAUUUACUUACAGAUCUUAAUUAAAAGCUGGACAACCAACCUCCAUGUGAAGCAAAUGAAGAUAUGAAACCACUGUUGCAGAUAAAAGAAG